AUGGCGACUGCCUGGCCUCAGCGGGCGGAGAGCCCUCCGACUCCGCGAAGGGCAGCGCCUUGCACGGUCCCGGGACAACCUGGCACACAGCGCCUGCCACGAGCUGUCGUUGAACAUCUGCGACUCGUUCAUCUCACACAGUUGGAUGAGCUCUCGGAUCUUCGCGCCCGACUGCGAGCGACGAGGGACCUGGAGCGGCGGAGACAUGACUUGCAGCAGCAGCUCCUGGCUGUACGACAGCGGGAGGAGCAGCUUUCCGCAGAGGUGUCAGCCUGCGCUCGGCAUCUGGCCCAAAGGCAUCAGGCGCUUUCGAUGCUCCGCCUGGAGGGUGCUGACCUGGAGAAGAGCUGCAGCAAUGCAGAGGCACAUAUCUUGGUCUUGCGCAACAUCGCCGAGAAGCUCCGCGCGGAUGCAUUGGCAGAGGAAAGCCGCACGGCGGUGGUCACAGAAUCUGCAGAGGCAGCAGGCAUGGAGGCGGCGACUGCCGAGGCAGCAGGAGAAAAAGAGGAAGGGGAGAUGCGCGGCAAUACAGACGUGGAUGUGGCCGGGCUACAUGAAGAAACCGACAGCUCACAACCAAGUAAGGCAGCGCUGCAGAUGCUGCCAGAAGCACAGACUGCGGCAGCCGCAACGGCAGCCAAAGAACCGCAGACGGAACCUCGGGAGGCAACCAGUGAGCCAAGGGUUGCAGGGCCAGCAGCCGUGAAAGCAGAAGCCAACGAGGCCAAAAGCGUAGAGGCCGAGACGCCAGCAGCCACGCCCGCAGAGCCCAAGGUUACAGAGCCAGCAGCCACGAACCCAGCCGCCGUCAAAGCGGAAGCCGCAGAGCUCAAAGUUACAGAGCCAGCAGCUGUCAUGGUAGAAGCGAGUGGAGCCACCACCACAGAGCCAGAG